UGGAAACGACAAGCAGUGGUCUAUGUUGGUUUAGUUAUAAAAAUCUUUGGUACACCUUUAAUCGGAUCUCUAUGGUGACGACCCAUAAUACGUCAUGCAAAUUCUUGUCUCUCGCUUACGGCGUCACUAGAGCGACACAUGCGGCGGUCUUUUUUUCUACUUCCCGCAGCAGAACUCGAGCUGGUGAAGUUGUCGAUUUCAUACGUUUUUUGUGAAAACUCUCACAAAAGCCAUGGAAGUAGCCACCGUACCACGUACGAGGCGUCUAUUGAAGGAGGAAGACAUGACCAAGAUCGAGUUUGAGACCAGCGAGGAGGUCGAUGUUACUCCUACCUUCGACACGAUGGGCCUACGAGAGGAUCUCCUCCGUGGGAUUUACGCAUACGGUUUCGAGAAGCCAUCCGCAAUCCAACAAAGGGCAAUUAAACAGAUCAUCAAGGGUAGAGAUGUCAUUGCACAGUCUCAGUCGGGAACAGGAAAGACUGCCACGUUUUGCGUAUCAGUGCUGCAGUGUCUUGACAUUCAGGUGCGUGAAACCCAAGCACUGAUCCUGGCUCCCACCAGAGAGUUGGCUGGACAGAUACAGAAGGUGCUCCUGGCCCUAGGUGACUACAUGAACGUCCAGUGUCAUUCCUGCAUCGGAGGGACAAACGUGGGUGAGGACAUCCGCAAACUGGACUAUGGCCAGCACGUGGUAGCAGGGACCCCUGGGAGAGUGUUUGAUAUGAUCCGCAGGAGGAGUUUGAGGACGCGCGCCAUCAAGAUGCUGGUGCUGGACGAAGCAGAUGAAAUGCUCAACAAGGGUUUCAAAGAGCAGAUCUAUGACGUGUACCGGUACCUGCCCCCCGCCACCCAGGUCUGUCUGAUCAGCGCCACGCUGCCCCACGAGAUCCUGGAGAUGACCAACAAGUUCAUGACCGACCCAAUCCGCAUCCUGGUCAAACGUGAUGAGUUGACUCUGGAGGGCAUCAAGCAGUUCUUCGUGGCCGUAGAGAGGGAGGAGUGGAAGUUUGACACCCUGUGCGACCUGUACGACACCCUCACCAUCACGCAGGCUGUCAUCUUCUGCAACACCAAGCGGAAGGUUGACUGGCUGACUGAGAAGAUGAGGGAGGCCAACUUCACUGUGUCCUCCAUGCACGGAGACAUGCCCCAAAAGGAGAGAGAGUCUAUCAUGAAAGAGUUUCGGUCCGGCGCCAGCCGAGUGCUCAUCUCCACUGAUGUGUGGGCGAGAGGUCUGGACGUGCCCCAGGUGUCCCUCAUCAUCAACUACGACCUGCCCAACAACAGAGAGCUGUACAUCCAUAGGAUUGGCCGAUCGGGUCGUUACGGCCGCAAGGGUGUGGCCAUCAACUUUGUGAAGAAUGACGACAUACGUAUUCUCCGUGACAUUGAGCAGUACUAUUCCACACAGAUCGAUGAAAUGCCAAUGAACGUGGCUGACCUGAUCUGAGGCGCUGGUGACGGAAGUGGAGAGACCGCUUUGAUUACAUUUUGGACCCCUUUUUAUUUUACUGUUGGAAUUCUUGUCUCAUUUGCUUUGUUUUUAAUAGUAGCUUUGGAACAGCCUUCAAAUUUGUGGUGACUAUUGUAUUCUUAGGGAAAUGCCUACUGCAACCAUCAGUUAUUUUGUAAAUAAAGAACAUUUUGUUUCUCA